CAUCCAUUCGCUAGUGCUAUCGUCGCCUGACACACACUCAGCAGCCAUGCCUGCUGUCGGUUUCUGUGGAGAGUGGUUUAUUUUCACCUGCGACAAGAAACUUGUAGCAAUUCACACCAAACAAGCCAGAGAGUCCUUUGUGUUUGACUGCAGCACCGCUCAGAAGAAGCCCAACAAUACAAAGGAUGUCAGUAACGCUGAUGGCGGUGCCUCAGAGGAAACGGGAACAGACAAAGUCCUUGCCUUUGCUGUUUCUCCUUCCGGAAAGCUGGUGGCGCUGACUGAUGAUUCCAAGAGACUGGUCCUGUUUCACUGUGAGCCUUCAUGGCAGUGUAUCAGCAUCAGGUACCACUUCAGUCCAAGCAGCUUCAUAUAGUGUAUAGAGCAGUGGUUCCCAACCUUUUUUGAGUACUGUACCCCCAAAGCAUUUCAAGCCAACCUAAAGUACCCCCUACUACGCAAUCAAUCGUGGUGAUCCC